AAUGUUCACCGCGGUCUGCUGUAAGGGAUUUGUACUGUAUAUGGUUCUCCAGUACUGGGCCAUAUAGCUAUUUAUUCUGUACUUAUUAUUUAAGUCUAUUGACUUAAAAGAAAAAAGUGAGUGAAGUACAGAAAUCUUGUAAAGAAUUACAACCGGAAAUUGCUACAGUGACAACAGUCUCCUUGGUAACGGUAAACAGUUCUACUGAAGGCACAGAAGCAUCUGGAACUUUUACGGUGCUACAUCUAAAUUACAUAAAGGUAAAAGAAAUAAAAUGGUGGAGUUGUCAUCUCUCCAAAAUCUACAGGCACUCUCCGACUUGCUCUCUCUUCCAGCAGAUGAAGAAAGCGACGCGGAAGACUGCAAGAAUGUAAAUCUGAUGGCAAAAAUGGGUCCUGGGCACAUUGGUGCUUGUUCUCCUGCUUCUAGGCAAGGUAAUAAUGCAGAAGCCAUGAAAGUCCAUAGAACCUGUGGGAAGAACACCAAAGACAUCUGGGAUAUGGAAGAGGUGACUGAAGGAACACACUCUGAUGACCUCGAAGAUCCACGUCCUCAACCUGAAUAUGAGAUUAUCAUGAAGCAGAGUGUGGGUACUGAGGACCUAUUUCUGGGCAUGAGCCGAAACAAUCCAUCGUCCAUGUGCUGUGAAAGCAUGCUGGUGAGGGUGAAGUUACCGAAAACUCAGGCUUCUGAUCUUGUGCUGGGUGUGAAGGAGAGAUUUAUUGAUCUAAGAACUCCAAAUUACAGGCUAGCUCUGCAUCUGCCCCACUCAGUGCACAAUAGCAAAGGCACAGCCCGAUUCAUUACAGGGAGAUGUGAACUGGAAAUCACACUGCCCAUGAACAGACCUCUGGACUCCAUCAACCUCACCUGAAGAGAAGGAAUGUGGAAGUCAUGGGAGCUCUCAUUAAAGAAAGGGUUCAUAAAGCAGAAAGGCACAUUCAGCUAUGGAUGGUUUCCAAAUAUUUCAAGCAAUAAUCAACUGUUUUGUGCUUCUACCAUGAUUACGCUUAUCUACACAUAUAAGUGUAAAUAAAUAAAUAAAGAUUUUUAGCAUAGUGAAUUGGAUUAUUUGACCAUUUGAACAACUGACAAAUAAUAAAGUAUUAAUCACAUAGUUAUGCCUUAAAGAAAUAUUUUCAAAUGAUUUAAGUGAAAACUGUUUUCUCAGAAGGCGUUGUUUUCUGUGACAAAUACACCAUUUUCAUAUUUACGAGGCCAACAAAAUUUGUUUUCAAAAAUAUGUGUAUACAUGUCAAUAAAGCACUACUACAUUUGUUUAACUGCCAUUAAAGUGAAUGUGUGACCAAUUUUUAUUAACA